UAGUAUACAGAAUAGUAAUAUUAUCUUCUCAUAAAGCUUAAUAGAAUAUGAUGUGAGCUGUCUUUAGAAGAUGUAUGAUAAUUAUAGUGUAGAGAUACAAGGAAAAACGAAUCACCUGAAUCGUAAACACAAUAUAUCUUUAUUUAGUUAAAACAUUUCAGACUGUUUGGUUAACAGGGACAAAUUUAAACUCCAACGAAAUAAUAGUUUAUAAACGGACAUUGUUGUUGUUGAUUAUAUGCGGAAAUUUUAAUAUCAAAUUUUAUUGAAAAAAUGAAAUUUCUUCUCUCUAUACUCGUUAUCAUUGAUAACUUGAAUGUGUUGCUUGCAAGCAAUGAUAAUUGUAGAGAAAAUGAUCUAAAUGCUUUAAUGGUACGUCUGCGACAACUGCGAACAGACUUUGCCAACUUGGAAAUCCAGCACGCUGAACAGAUAAAUGCCACUCAAGCAGAAAUUGGUGUUCUCAAGGAAGCAAAUGAUAAUCAAGAAACAGAACUUAAAAAGCUUAGACAAGAAAUCAACAAAACAUCUUCAGAAAUUGGUGUUCUCAAGGAAGCGAAUGAUACCCAGGAAAAAGAACUUGAAAAGCUUAGACAAGAAAUCAACAAAACAUCUUCAAAGAUCAACACAUUAAACAGAACACAAGAAACGGAACUUAUCGAACUUAGAAAAGAAAUAGCGACAAUUAAAGUACCAAUUGUUGGAUUCAACGCCCAUCUAUCUACUUCAGGAAAAGUAAAUAAACCGGGCACCGUUGUCUUCGAUGUCGUCAUAACAAACCAAGGUGCUGAUUACAACAGUUCUACCGGGAUAUUCGCUGCACCGUAUACUGGACUCUAUUUCUUCUCCGUCCAGCUUUGUAACAAGGAAAAUACUCAUACGUAUUACGGCAUACAUCAAAAAAGUAGAAUAUUAGCAAGAAGUUAUGGUUAUAAUUAUAACAGUUCUUGGGAAUGUAGUUCUGUGAGCAUAAUCGCAAUGUUAAACAAAGCGGAACAAGUGUGGGUAAACAAUUACGAUACAAUUUAUGAUGAUUAUCACGGAAAGAAUUAUUUUUCUGGAUCUCUCUUAAACAAAUAACUAUAUAAUAGCAAAACUAGGUAUACAAUAUACCAAGGAAAGUUCCUGUAAAAGUUUCUGUAACCGGAUAUAAAUAUUGAUAAUGAGACAAAAAUGUCUUUACUUGCAAAUAAUCACUUAAUAUAAAGAUAAUUUAAAUACCCAACAUGU